UUUGUACGUACAUUAUGCGAGGUUUUCAGUUUGAAGUGCACCGAAUGCAAUCCAAUAAUUAGUUACUGGAUGCCGGGAAAGAUGUCAGUGAUGAUAGAAAGUAAACGCCCUCCUGUAUACAUUGACAAUCAAAUGAACCUGGAUACAUUCUUUUUGAUUCGUGGUGGGGAUCCUAGUGUCACCUUGUUUGUCUCUUUCAAAGCACUCGGGAAUACUGUCCCUAGGACCGAUGGUGAGAGUUACCGUGUGUGUGGGAGUGCAACGACACCAAAUCCCAUCCUAGCGGCUUCAAAUGUAGAUGGAAAUAAUGAGGCCGUAGAUGAGCAAGACGACGUUGAAGACGAUAAAACAGAUGAGGAUGAAGAAGAGGAGGAGGACAACGAAGAUGGUGCUGGGUAUGAUGAUUAUCAGGGUGAUGAUGGAUCUAUGGGGGGAAGUACCCUCGAUCCUACUAUAGACGGUAGUGAAGGCAGUGGCGAAGAUUACGAUUACAACAAGUGGAACGAUUUAAUUAUUGAAGAAUAUGGAAUAGGGAAUGUUGAGGAGGACGUCAUUCUCACUCAACAAACGGUUCAACAUCCAGGGGAAUUCAGUCGUCUAUUGGCAGAGUGUACGUACACAAGUCAUCGUGUACCUGGAGGAAAUAACUCGGUUGACCGUACACCAACGGUGACUCCAAGACGUACGUGUCAACAUGGUUUGUACCAAUGUACGUACACAACAGAAUGUGUACAAGAUACAGGCAGCGAAGGUAACACCGAUACCAAUAUUAAUGGUAUAGACGAUGUCUCUGGGGAUGAUGUUAUCGACCGUGGUAUUGGAGAUUCCCCAAGUGGGACACUGAAUGAUAAUCGGCUAGUUACUGCACCUGGCGGAGAUAACAUUUCUCAUUCGGGUGACCGUACACCAACGGUGACUCCAAGACGUACGUGUCAACAUGGUUUGUACCAAUGUACGUACACUACAGAGUGUGUACAAGAUACAGGCUGCGAAGGUAACACGGAUACCAAUAUUAAUGGUAUAUACGAAGUCACUAUCGACCGUGGUAUUGGAGCUUCCGCAAGUGGGACACUGAAUGAUAAUCGGUUAGUUACCGCAGCUGAGGCUUACGAAGUGUAUAAUGACUUUUCUACAUUACAUGGUGGCGAGUUGGAGAUUCUCGAUAAUGAUGCUGCUCCGGUAUUCGAUGAUUUAGCCAAUUUACGAGAUGAUGAGACACAAGUCGAACUGAGUACGACAGGUGAGACUUUGUAUGUCGGGAGUGUUUUUAUGAACAGAAAAGUCAUACAACAAACAAUGUCUUAUCUCGCAAUCAAACAAUGCUUUUGCUACAAGCAACGUAGGUCAUGUCCUACAAGAUUGGAGAUGGUCUGCGUUGAUGAUACUUGUCCAUGGCAUUUGACAGCUCAAGUUGUCAAGAAUUCAGAAUGUUUCAAAAUCACAUCGUAUGAUACCACCCAUACGUGUGACAUCGACACUCGUAAGAAUUAUAAUAAACAUGCUAGUUAUAAGCUUCUCGGAGAGGUAGUGAAGAGCAGAUACAGUUCUACGCAAGGGGGUCCGAGAGCUGUCGAUUUACCACAGUUGCUCCUAAAUGAUCUCAAUGUUCGGAUUUCAUAUUCUACCGCUUGGAGAGCUAAAGAGGUUGCAGUGGAAAAUGUAAGGGGGGAUGAUAUAAAAAGUUACAGGUUUUUGCCUACCUAUUUGUAUCUUCUUAAAUUAGCUAAUCCGGGUACGAUAACUCACCUACACUCUACACCUGAAGCUGAUGGUACGCAGCGCUUUAAGUAUGUUUUUGUAUCUCUCGGGGCUUCUAUAAAAGGUCUGAAGUAUAUGAGGAAGGUAAUUGUCGUAGAUGGAACGCAGCUAGUAGGACGUUACAAGGGAUGUCUCCUCAUUGCAUGUGCCCAAGACGGGAACUUCCAAAUAUUUCCAAUAGCGUUUGGUGUUGUGGAUGGUGAGACUGACGCUUCAUGGGUGUGGUUCUUUGAUAAAUUAGCUGACAUUGUUCCAGACAAUGAAGAUUUAAUGAUUGUAUCGGACAGACAUUCUUCAAUAUAUAAAGGCCUCAGUGUGGUUUAUCCGAAAGCUCAUCAUGGUGCAUGUGCAGUACACCUUGAGCGAAAUAUCUCCACCCAUUAUGGUAAGUAUGGUGUAUCUGGAUUAUUCUUCAGCGCUGCUAAAGCUUACAGAGUGAGAGAUUUUGAAAAAUACUUGGAACAGUUAAGGGCUAAGAGUGCUGCAUGCGCAAAUUACUUAGAGGAAAUUGGAUUUGAGCAUUGGACAAGAGCUCACUGUAAAGGGGAACGCUACAAUAUCAUGUCUAGCAACAAUUCGGAGUCUAUGAAUAAUGUCUUAACAAGAGCCAAAUCAUAUCCGAUUGUGUACAUGAUAGAGUUCAUUCGAGAGGUCCUAAUGCGAUGGUUCGCAGCGAGGAGGCAAAAAGUGGCUAGGUGUAAGUCUUUAAUGACGCCUGAGGUUGAUGAGCGUUUUCUCCAAGAUUUGCCUGCGUCAGGGAAAUUAGCGGUUAAGAUGUCUGGACCGUGGAGUUAUCAAGUUACAAGCAAGUCAGGUGAGCAUUUUCAUGUCGUUCUGGACGAGUGUACGUGUACGUGUCUUAGGUACACAAAGUUGAGAAUCCCAUGUGAACACGGUCUAGCAGCUGCAAUCGAGUUUGGAAUAGAUCCGAAGGUUGUUGUAGGAUGGUGGUAUGGACUUCAAACGUUUUCCGAUUCUUUUCAAGAACCGAUUCUACCUAUCGCAGAUCCGAAGGAUGUUGUCAUCCCACAACAUAUAUCGGAUUUGAUACUAAUUCCUCCAUACUGUAGACGACCACCAGGAAGACCAACAACCAAACGGAUUCCAUCUAGAGGUGAAAACCGGAAAAAGAGACAGAAAAGACUUAUUCCGAAUCAGUGCACACGAUGUAGACAAGCAGGUCAUAACAAGAAGACUUGCAAAAAUCCUAUUUAGUUCUCCUCAUAAGCUUUAUGUCUCCGCGAAGACAGUGUACGUUUAUGUGUGGACAGUGUGUACCAAAGUGUUGUGACGGUGUACGUACGUUUAAUGUUUGCCAUCG